GCGGCUUCCGGCUCGGAGGCGGCCAUCUUGCCCGGCGGAAACAUGGCGACCCAACCCGGAGGCGGCGUGGUGGCGAGGUCUUCGGCGGCGGGGCCCCCCAAGAAGUCCUUCUUCUGGUCCUGCUUCAGCUGCCGCGUGCUGGCCGGCAGCGGGCUGGUGGGCGCCGGGCUCUGGGUCCACAUGGGGGCCCGCCAGUCCUUGCGGCAAAAGAGGCCUGGGAACCUCUAUGACAUCUGCCGGCUGGUUUUCGCCAUCGGUCUCUACGCUUGGGCGAUCGUAGUCAUCAUGGAUCCCGUCGAGCCGAAGUAGGGCGGGGAAGGUGUACUUCAUCGGCAAAGGCUUCCCGAGAGCUACCUGGAGACAACCCAGAGUGGAGCCAUGGGGGGGUGGGGGGGAUCUUUCAUUUUGGAGAUUGGAAGUGUCCUGCAAUCAUUAAGACGAGCUUUUGAUCUUCCACGGAAAAUGGCUGCUGUCGUUGCGGCUCCACACACCCCCCCCGUGUCAAAACGGCCAGUUAACGAUAAUGACACUUUGGGACGAUAGUCUCCAAAAACGGACGUGGACCCGAUUGCGUUCGGUAAAUGGAAUAAGCUAUCUUGCCAGUUACACGUUGUAGUAAAAUCGUGCUUGUUGGGAGACUGGGGGGAAAAAAAACCAAAAAAAAACCACACCUCUAAUUCUA